UCAGAGCGUUCAGAGUGUUUUGAUUGUGUUCUCGGUGCUAACAGACACAACUGCAACUCUGGUUGUGCUUGGAAGUGAAUGUGAGACUCGCUGAGAAUGAAUCUAGCGGAUUAAUGUUCUUUCGGAUUUAUACCUGAACCUGAGCCCUGGCUGAUUAUUUUCCGCGGACUGCUGUGGUCGGUGAGGAGAAUGGGGUGCUGCUCAGGGAGAUGUGUUCUGAUCUUCCUGUGCACUGUUCAACUGAUCACUGCUUUGGAGAGGCAGGCAUUUGAUUUUCUAGGUUACCAGUGGGCUCCAAUCCUGAUUAACUUUCUCCAUAUUAUUGUGGUCAUACUUGGACUGUUUGGGACCAUCCAGUACCACCCCCGCUAUGUUAUACUGUAUGUAGUCUGGACUGUCUUCUGGGUGACAUGGAAUAUCUUCAUCUGUUGCCUCUAUCUUGAUUUGGGGGGCCUUUCUAAGGAGAGUGACUACAUGUCUCUGGGGCUGUCCUCACAUGGGUCCUGGUGGAAGGACAACGGGCCAGGCUGUGAGAACCAGGACCUGCCAGAAGCUAAAUGGCAGGGUGAAGACAGUCCUGCACUGAUAUCUACUCUGGGCUGUGUGCUGGAGUACCAGUACAUAGAGGUUCUCCACAGCGCAUUGCAACUGGUCAUUUCUCUGCUGGGAUUCAUGUUUGGCUGCUAUGUGGUUAGCGUCUUCAAUGAGGAAGAGGACACAUACCUAUAUAAAUGAGGAGUGUCUAGCAGACAAAUAUCAAGCAAAGACAGGAGCACGAGGAAGAAAAGAACAAGGAAGAAAGGAUGGAGCCAUUUCUCUAAAAACUUCGAAGGAGCAGUAACCUAUGAAAACCUGAUGAAUGACUCAUGUUUGUGUUUUAGACCCAUUUGUGCACUUAAUCCUGGCCACAGUUAUCUUUCUAUUAUAGACAGCCUUUAUGGCAAGGACUAUGCCAUAUCUGAGAUAAGAGAACAACAUCCACAUAUUUAACGUUACUUUUAACAUAUCAACUAAACAUGUAUGUGAUGCAGAAAGUAGUUUUCCUAACUCAUAUUUUUAUUGAAUCUCUUGUCAUAAGACAAGUAUAUUUUUUGGAGAUAUUGUGAACAUUAUCCUGUUAUGUGUUUUUCCACACAUAGAUGUAAAAUUCUUAGGUUUUAAUGUUGACAGCAAUGGACGUGAACUACUUGUGAAAAUAAUAACAGUUGGCAAUAUGUUUGUAUGUGUGCACAUUUUUUGUAAAUGAAGGCCAACACGGGAUUAUAUGUAGAGCCACAAU